AUGGAUUUUCGAGGGAGAGGAGGCAGAAGAGGAAGAGGUAUGUGGAGAGGUGGUAGAGGGGAUAGACAACCCUCACUACCUCCAACUCCACCUCCACCUCCACCGAUGGGCGAGAUUCUUGCAACAAUCCAACAUGGUGAUCUCGAGGACGGUGCCACCGAAACCCAUGACUGUGCUCAAAUUACCAACACUCAGUAUUUGACAUCCUACAACUGGCUCAAUGGAGGAGAUCAUCAGAUCAUUGUUCCAGGUGAAUUAGCUCAUCCUGCAAACCAAAGUACUGUUCAUCGCUCACGGAUACAUCUCACAGGUGAACCCCCCGAAUGGACUCCUCUUUCUAAGCCUACCCAGCUUCGAGAGGACUCCGGUACCUACUACCGGGACAAGAAUGCGGCGCGAUAUCCCACAUACCCUCUGGAGCCGAUGAUUCGAGCAAUAAUGACGGACAGACCAGAUUUCCGUCUCGAUGGAUUGGAUAUCGUGGGAUGCGGAAGUACACUGGGAAAUUUGCUGCGUUUUUCGCGUGGCCAAGGUAGUUCAUUUAGGAUGCUGAUCGAGGUCUUGGGGAACACGGUCUUUUUCAUGAGAAGGGAAAGAUCGCCCACCGAAACCAUAACGGGUGUCCGAGGAUAUGGACACACUUUUCCAGAGGCAUACACAACGUGGAGUAAAAGCGUGCGGAAAUCGGACUCCCAUCAACGCCUUAUUAAUUACGACUUUGCCGGCAUGAAUUGUUUGGUUCGGUUCGAAGCCGAUGGCUACCUGCCUGACCUGAUCCAAAAUGAUUUGAGCACCCAGAAUGAGCCCAUCCUUAGCAUGAGUAAUAUCGACCCAGAAGAUCUCUUAUCGGCUAUCGAAGCGGCCACGAUCUCGACUGUGCCCUCCGCGGAUACGAAGUCGACCACGCUCAAAAUUCUGAAACAGGGUCACCAUAUUCCACAAUGUGCGGUUUUCGAUUUGAAGACGCGUUCUGAGAAGAGACGAGGCGACGAUAUCCUCUCAGAGGAGCUGGCUCGCUUGUGGAUCAGGCAAAUUCCCAACUUCAUUCUCGCAUAUCACAAGUUCGGGAGGUUUGAGGACAUUCUGGUUCAGGAUGUGCGGGAGGAUUUAAAGCGAUGGGAGAAAUCCCAGCAGCAGGAAUUGGCCAGAUUUGCCACCUUACUGCAAAUGGUAGCAUCUUUCGCGCGUAGUACAGAGGAUGGAAAGCUUGAACUUGAACAUGAAGAGGAUGAGAAAGUUUUGAAUCUGCGAAUCCCGGGUGGAGUUGUUGGCAGGGUGUUGCCAUCAGCCCUAAUAGACCAUUGGGAUGUUAGCAAUGACUCUGAUUUAGCUUCCUAG